ACUACUACUAUAGUCUAUAUAUAUACCACAAUAAAAUUUCUUGAAUAAUCAAUUAGACAAAAGAAACUACAAAAUGGCAAAGUUUGCAGGAUCCAGAUGGUCACUUAAUGGUAUGGUGGCUCUUGUCACUGGUGGCUCUUAUGGAAUUGGGCAUGCAAUUGUGGAGGAGCUUGCUGAACUUGGUGCAAAAGUGUACACAUGUGCGAGGAAUGAAUGUAAGCUCAAUGAAAGUUUGCAAGAGUGGUCUGCUAAAGGCAUUCAAGUACAAGGUUGUGUAUGUGAUGUAUCUUUUAGAGAUCAGAGAAUACAACUCAUGGAAAAGGUUUCCUUGGCAUUUGAUGGAAAACUCAACAUUCUUAUAAACAAUGUUGGGAUGAACAUUUGGAAGCCCACUCUCAAAUAUACAGUUGAAGAUUAUGCACAUAUGAUGGCUACCAAUUUAGAAUCAUCAUUCCAUAUGAGUCAACUUGCUCAUCCUCUUCUUAAAUCAUCUGGUGUUGGAUCUAUUGUUUUCAAUUCUUCUGUUGCUGGCCUUGUCCACGCCUGCGGUGCUUCUAUUUAUGCAGCAACAAAAGGGGCAAUGAAUCAGCUCACUAGAAAUUUGGCUUGUGAAUGGGCAAAAGAUGGAAUUCGUGUUAAUUGUGUUGCACCAUGGUACAUUAAAACCCCCCUCGUCGAAAAGGUGCUGUCAGAUAAAACCUUUUUGGAAGGGGUAGUAUCACGAACUCCACUAGGGCGUGUAGGAGAAGUGGAAGAAGUCUCAUCAAUGGUGGCUUAUCUUUGUCUUCCUGCUGCUUCAUAUGUCACUGGUCAAGUUAUAGCAGUUGAUGGAGGAUUCACUGUCUAUGGCUUCCAACAUCCUGGCUAUUAGUUCCAUGUUCCAGUUGAAAUCAUCGUGAAUAAAAGUCUUGAUCAUAUCAACAUAUUAGCAUUUACUCAGCUUGAGUAUUUCUUAUGUGUUAGACAAGCUAUACUGUACUAAAGAUGAAACUUCAGAACACACAUUUUAUCUUUUAAUUAAUGUCAAUUUUUAUGACUUCUCAUCAA